AUGAAUGUCAAUGACAUCUCUGGAGCGGCGAAUAAAUACUGGUCCCAACUAAAGAUAUGCCUACAAAAGUCAGCUACUUCCACAUUAGGAUAUAGUAGUAGGAAAUGCGCUAGUUGGGUGUCGGAAGCAACUAUCCAACUGUCUGAAAAAUCUGCCAAAGCUCGGAUAUUAGGAGAUCCUGACUAUCGGGCAGUUCGAAGAAUUACAACGACAGCAGCACGGUGGGACAGAAAUCGCUAUUGGAACGAUAUGGCCUUGAGAAUGGAAACUGUUUUGCCUUCUCCGCAAACUAUAACUCGAGAAGGGGUCAGUGAAAUGGUACGGUAUAUUAAUGGGGUGCCUAUUAGAGCAGUCAAGAAUCGCCUUAGAAGAUGGAAAGAAUUUUUUGAAGCCAAACUUAACCACGACGCACCAUCUAUUAUCCCGAAUAUAACUGAUUUGCCCGUCGAGCUUUACGUUUGCAAUUGUGAGCCGCUAACAGAAGAGGAAAUACUCUCUGUAAUCCAUAAUUAA